CAUAAAUAAAUCAAAAUACCUUGACAUAUUUUCAGAUUUUUCAUACGUUUUUCGUAACAAUAAUUCAUUUGCGUUCAUUUAAUCGAUUAAUUUAUCACCUAAGAUGCUAAAAUCACGUGUCAAUUACUUGUAUACGAUAUUUUAAAUCAAUAAUUCAUAAUGGAAGACAUAUUUCACUGGUGUAGAGAAGGAAACGCUCUGCAAGUACGAGUAUGGCUCGACGACACAGAAAAUGAUAUGAACCAAGGCGAUGAUCACGGCUUCAGUCCAUUACAUUGGGCCUGUAAAGAAGGACAUUAUAAAAUAGUGGAUUUAUUAUUAUCCAGAGGAUCGAGAAUUAAUGCCACUAAUCGAGGCGAUGAUACACCUUUGCAUUUAGCAGCUGCUCACGGCCACCGAGAUAUUGUCAAUUUGUUACUAAGAAACAGAGCUGAUAUCAAUUUCACCAAUGAACACGGUAACACUCCAUUACAUUACGCGUGUUUUUGGGGCUAUCAACAAAUCGCUGAGGAUUUAAUUGCCCACGGAGCUAUCGUUUCAUUAGCCAAUAAAGAUGGUAAUACACCUUUGGAUAAAGCUAGAGGAUCUUUGGCUAAACGAUUCCAUGAAUUAGCCCUUGAAAAUGGCCAAGAUUUGAAAAAAAUCAAUUUCAGGGACCAGAGCUGGUUAGGUUUAAAAACUCGAAGUCGCGAUGCGACUCUAUCGCGUCAUAAAGGUAUCAACAUAGCAGAUCUGUCGCUUCAUACGAAGCUCGGAUCAUCGCACAAUGGCGAAACAUGGCGAGGACGUUGGCAGAAAAACGACAUCAUCGCUAAAAUUCUCAACGUUCGGAAUUGUACAGCUCGAAUUUCCAGAGAUUUCAACGAAGAGUAUCCAAAGCUGAGGAUAUUCUCGCAUCCGAAUAUUCUACCGGUGAUCGGAUGCUGUAAUUCGCCUCCGAAUUUAAUCGUCAUUAAUCAGUAUAUGCCAUGGGGAUCGCUCUACACUCUUUUACACGAAGGAACUGGGGUUGUGGUAGAUGCAGCUCAUACGUUACGAUUCGCAGUAGAUGUAGCUCGCGGUAUGGCAUAUUUACACAGCUUGGAACGUAUUGUACCGCAAUAUCAACUCAACAGUAGACACGUUAUGAUCGACGAAGAUUUAACUGCCAGAAUAAACAUGGCUGAUGCGAAGUUCUCGUUUCAAGAAAAAGGUCGCAUUUAUCAUCCGGCUUGGGUAUCGCCUGAAGCUUUACAAAAGAAAGCAUCGGAUCGCAAUUUGGAAUCGUGUGACAUGUGGAGCUUCGCUAUUUUAUUAUGGGAGUUGUCCACCAGAGAAAUUCCCUUCGCAGAUUUUUCUCCAAUGGAAAUUGGCAUGAAAGUGGUCAACGAAGGAUUACGCGUAGCUAUACCAAAUAGUGUUUCAGCUCAUAUGGCCAAAUUAAUUAAGAUCUGUAUGAACGAAGAACCUGGUAAAAGACCAACGUUUGAGAUGGUUAUGCCAAUUUUAGAGAAAAUGAAACGAUAAUUUUUACAAUCAAAUUAACCCUCCUCGCUUUUCGGACUCACGUAAUUAUAAUUAUGUGGAUGGUAGUCUUCCAGUAUUAUUCGCUUAACAAUCACGUUUUCUCUUUCAAAUUUACGAUUGUUACCUGAUAAUUUUUUAUUGUACUAAUACAUAUCAAACAUUUUAUUAAUAGUUGCUUUUUUCAUAUAUUUGUUAAUUUUUUUUUGUUUGGUAAUCUUUGAUUUCUCAUCAAAUAAACUGUUAUUUUCGUUU